AACACUGCGCACCUCUCUGCGCUGGGCCAGACAGAGAGGUGAGGCGGUCCCCGGAGGAGGUGAAGGAGCGCUGAGAACUCAAUCUUAUCGGACAUAUACACACCUCUAUUUCGCCGACACGUCUGCCACAUAUAAUAUAUAUAGAGAGAGAUCUAAUCUGAUAGAUACUUUGAUCCUUCGUCGGUCUUAGGUCGGAGUUAGCCUGAGUUAAGGGAGGCUGCCGUAAAUUAAGGGAGGUUGCCGUCCGUCCUCAUCGGUCUUUGGGCCUCUCAUCUAAAGAUAUCAACACCGUCCAAACGAAGAGAGCCAUGGUGUCCUGGAUGAUCUCACGAAGCGUUGUGCUGCUGUUUGGCACCCUCUAUCCUGCAUACUACUCUUACAAAGCAGUGAAGACCAAAAAUGUCAAAGAAUAUGUCAGGUGGAUGAUGUACUGGAUCGUCUUCGCUCUGUACACCGUGGUGGAGACCGUCACCGACUCUACCCUGGCCUGGUUCCCUCUCUACUAUGAGCUGAAGAUAGCCUUCGUCAUCUGGCUGCUGUCUCCCUACACCAGAGGAGCCGGCCUGAUCUACAGGAAGCUGCUCCACCCCCUGCUGUCCUCCAGAGAGAGGGAGAUCGAUGACUAUAUAGUCCAGGCCAAGGAGCGGAGCUACGAGACCAUGGUCAACUUUGGCAAGCAGGGCCUGAGUAUAGCGGCCACUGCUGCUGUGACCGCCGCUGUGAAGGGUCAGGGCGCCAUCACGGAGAAACUGCGGAGUCUGAGCAUGCAUGACCUGACCCAGAUCGGCCAGCCGGACGAGUCCCGGGGUAACCAGCUGCACCCGUACAGCUCCUCCAACCCAGCUGUGAAGAGGGCUCAGAACCAGGACACUGUGGACGGACCAGAGCACUACUACGACCAGGAGGACGACCGCACCGACGACGAGGCGGACCCUAUCUUCUCAGAGGAUGAGGCCGUCACCCAGAGGGGCCUGAGGCGCUCGCAGAGCGUCAAGAUCACCCGCUCCCGGGUCCGCAAAGACGCACGCUAUGGAUCCCUCAAAAUCAAAAGCAAGAAGAGACCAACACUGAGUUCCGUUAACUACGCACCGUAGACACACACACACACACACACACACACACACACACACACACACACACACACACACACACACACACACACACA